AUGCCGAAAGUCUGGAUCAUGUCCUCCAAUGCCAUCCUGCCCAGCGCCAAGGCUGAUGCAUGCGACCGCGAGGGCUCGGGGCUGCUGAGCCCGCCAGGACAGCACCUGGAGCAGGGUGAAGUCGACGCGCGAGUAAUGUCCCGCGACGACGAAAUGCUUGCGCGUAUGGGCUACAAACAGGAGCUGAAUCGCGGGCUGGGAUUGUUUGAAAACUGGGCCGCGACAUUUGCGUGCAUGAACUUUGUCUCCGGCAUGCCAGUUCUGUUCGGCUGGGUCAUGAUGACGGGGGGGCCACAAGCGGCCGUCACAUCGUGGUCCCUCGUCAGUACUGUCUCAUGCGCCCUCGCCCUGGCUCUCGCCGAGAUCGGCGCCGCGCUGCCUACCGCGGGAGGGAUCUAUUUCUGGACCUACUCCCUCGGAGGCCCCGAAUGGGGUCCGUUUCUGAGCUGGAUGACUGCAUGGUGGAACUGGUCCGCUUGGGUCCUGGCCGUCCCAGGCACCCAGCAAGGCGCGACCAACUUUCUCAUCUCGGCCCUCCAAAUCAACUACCCGCGGGCCGCGUAUCUCGGUGACGGCUGGUUCUCCUUGCUCGUCAUCCUCGCUGGUCUGAUCAUCGCGCUGAUCCCAAACGUCACCAGCCAACGCUGGUUACGGCUGUAUUUCCGCUUUGCCAUGGCCAUCUUUUUCGUCCUGCUCCUCCUCUUCUGGAUCUGGUUCCCCGUGGCCGCAUCGGGCAAGUUCCAGUCGGCAGACUUUGUUUUCAAAAAGUUCCACAACGGCAUCAACCGAGGACCGGCCAAGCAGGCUUCCGACACGUAUUGCUGGAUCAUCAGCUUGUUAUUCGGCGCCUGGGAGUUUGGCGGCUAUGACGCCUCCGCGCACCUGGCCGAGGAGACCAAAGACGCCAGCAAAACAGUUGCUCGAGGGAUGUGGCUGUCUACCCUGUCCACCACGAUCCUCUCCAUCCCCACGCUGAUCAUGAUUCUGUUCUGCGUCCAGAAUUUCGAGGCGCUGACCACGGCAGAGUAUGCCAACAACUGGGCCGAGUUCCUCGUGCAGGUCGUGGGUUCUCGCGGCGCCACCGCCAUCCUCGUCAUGAACUGGAUCGACUGUACCUGCGCCACCGCCGCCGUCAUCCUGUCCGCUCAGCGGGUGACGUUUGCAAUCUCGCGCGACAACAUCCUGCCGGGGUCUUCGCUGUUCAAGAAGGUGAGCGGCGCCAACUCGGCGCCCAUCAACUCGGCCCUGCUGGUGGUCUUCAUCGCCGCCGCCGUCAGCUGCACCGUCCUCGGCUCAUCGGUUGCGUUUGGGGCCAUUACAGCAACGACUGUCAUCUGCCAAAGCAUGAGCUAUCUUUUCGUCCUCAUCACCAGGCACACGCUCGGCACCAAGCGGUUCCAGCCGGCCGCGUGGAACCUCGGUCGGUUGUCUCAGCCCAUGGGAUACUUUUGCAUACUCUGGCUUUCCUUCUUGUCCGUCAUUCUGCUUCUUCCGCAAGUCUUUCCGGUGACUCUGGAAGCGCUAAACUACUCGCCCAUCUGCCUUCUCAUCGUGACGCUGGUGUCUGUGAUUGGGUGGAUCUUUCCUAAACGGGGUGGACGGUACUGGUUCAAGGGACCGAGCAAAACGUUGCCUGAUGGCGCCACCUGA